AUGGCCCCUAUCAACCAUGCCGCCUGGCUGAAAAGCAAAGGUGCACAGGAAUUUGUCGUCGAAGAAGCUCCAUACAGCCACCCCUCUGCCAACGAGAUUGUCAUUCGGAACAGAGCAGUUGGCAUCAACCCAGGCGAGAUAUCCGUCCAGCGACUGGGGGUCCGAGUAAUUGGAUACCCAAGCAUCUUGGGGUCGGAAGUGGCCGGUGUCGUUGAAGAAGUCGGGUCGGCUCUGACGUCUGUGUUCAAGCCGGGAGACCGCGUCCUCGCCAGGGCGAAUCGAAUGGUUGCCAACAAAUAUGCUGGGUACCAGCAUCACGUCGUCCUGAGCCCACCGUUGCUGGCCAGAAUUCCAGAUCAUAUCAAAUUCACAGAAGCGGUGGUCCUCCCAGUCGGCAUCACAACUGCCUCGUCGUGUCUGUUCGACAGCACCACCUUAGGGCUCGAAAUGCCUCCUGGAAAUGGAGGGCAAGGCAAGACACUAUUGAUCUGGGGCGCGAGCAGUGCUAUUGGGCUUGCCGGUGUGCAGUUGGCCGCCGCCGCAGGGUAUGAGGUAUUUGGUGUCGCAAGUCAACACAAUCACGAGCUGGUCAAGUCGGUUGGGGCAGCCCGCUGCUACGACCGUCACAGUGGCAGUGUCGUGGAUGAGAUUGUGGCCGAUCUGGAGGGCAAGGAAAUUGUCGGGGCGUAUGACGCUAUAUCACAGAAAGAGACUACUAUGGCCCUUUGCGAAAUACUCCACAGGAGUGGAAGUCGAAAGCUGAUCGCGGCUGUUCUGCCUGUGGGAGACUAUGUCAAGCACGGCGUGGUGAUCAAAACGAAUUUUACCGUGAAUGUCGAAAAAUCAGGCAUUGGCCAGCAUAUUUGGCAGAACUUCCUAGAGCCUGGUCUGGCCUCGGGAGCUGUUCAGUGCAAGCCGGAUGCGCAGGUCAUUGGAUCGAAUCUGGGUGACAUCCAGAAAGGCCUCAAUUUGCUUGCCGAAGGUGUCAGCGCGAAGAAGAUCGUGGUGACUUUGGACGAGUAG